AUGGCUAUCCUCGAAGAGUUCCUCGAGUCUAUCCUGAAAUUUCUCAGGGCAAAAGAUGGAAUAAGCUUACAGUUAUGGCUUCUAGUCGAGCCUCCUCUACCCGAUCAUUAUUUCCAGCUUGGUCGAGAGUUGAAAGCGUCAUUUCAAAACAGCACAGCACUCGAACGACAUAUUGCGAAACUGCUGCCAGACGACCCCAACGCAAGUUAUGAGGAUGGUAACGUUUGGCCGGGCUUUUUGGCUUUCAUGAAGGACUACCUGGAGUUCUGGAGGGAUGUCAAUUUCGAGGACUUGUUGGAAACGCACUCACAACUCACUGUUUUAGCAAGUACUUGUCUAGCAGCUUUAUCCAAUCCGACAUAUGGGAUAGUGAUACUCCCGACGGCCAUUCAAUUAUCUACUGCCCUCGCGAAACUUGCAAUGACACUCGACAAGAGACCGGAUCUUACCAGAAGAUUGCGCAGAGUUGCUGAUGUCGAUGCUGGAGAGACGCGAAAGACUCUAGUAGAAGGAACUGCAGAAACAAUACAGCGUGCUUUUACAGUUUGUUUAACGGAAAGGACUACGAAUAGGAACGGGGUUGGGUCAGAUGGAAAGCCAGAGGGAAAGAAAGUUGGAAUAUACUCAUUCGCAAAUCUGGCUUUGAAACUCUUCUUUCAAUGCCGGAAAACGCGAUUGGCGAAUCAACUCAUCACGAAUAUCACCCAACACUCUCCGCCAUUGGAGCUUUACCCCGCAAGUCAAAGGGUAACAUAUCUUUAUUACCUUGGCCGAUACUUCUUCUCGAAUACCCACUUCUACCUCGCGCAGUGCAGUCUUCAGGCUGCGUACGACCAGUGUCAUGCACAGUGCAUCAACCAGCGACGUCUGAUUCUAAUCUACUUGAUAUCUUCAAAUAUGAUACUCGGUCGAUUUCCAUCUCGGCCUUUUAUGUCGCGUCCCGAAGCAGCUGGGGUCCUUGAAAGGUUUGCACCAAUUGUCAAGGCCAUCAAAUUGGGGAAUUUGGCCGCUUUCAAGCGUUCAUUAGGUCCAGAGGGUGGAAACGAAAAAUGGCUGUUUGACAAGGGCAUUCUUCUUCCACUAUUGUAUCGUUGUGAAACAUAUGUAUGGCGUUCACUUGCACGGCGCGUUUUAUGUUUGACCUACCAGUGGCCGUUCGAUCCCAAUUCAAAAAAAGCCCCAACUCUAAAUCUUGCCGAUUUAGUCACAGCUGCGCAGUAUUGCCAGAAAAUUCUUGAAGGUUGGCAGAGGCCUGCAGAUUCUGCCGCAUUUAUGCAGUCGGGUCGUACACACACAAAUACAAUGUUUAUAACAGCACAAGACUUGGUGAAGCCUCCGGUCGUGGUGAAACUUUCUCCAAAUGAUGGGGUAGUUUGGGGACGUAAAAUGCCAGAGAUGUUGGAUGUCGAAGCAAUUGUUGCGAGUUUAGUACAACAAGGACUAUUGAGGGGAUUCAUUAGUCAUAUACAGGGCAAGUUUGCGAUCUUGGGUGCAAAACAGAGGGGUGGACCAUUGAAUGCAGGGUUCCCACCAAUUUGGGAAGUUAUCAAAGAUAGAGCUGAGAAAGAUGGACACGGUAAUGAAGUACCGGGCUGGGUUACUGGUGAAAAUGGUGGAUAUACAAGUGGAGGAGUCGUUAAUCUAACUGGAAUCGCUCGACCCGCUGGGGCUACAUGA